CUCAUAAUUUCGUAGAAUAAUGUCUGAAAACGUUGCUCACGCUCUUAGUGGUGCUGGUGGAGGUAUCAUAUCAAUGGUUUUAACUUAUCCAUUGAUUACUGUUAGUUCUCGUCUUCAAGUGCAAAAAGAUACAAAGGGAGCCGAUGCUUACAAAGGAGGAAAAGAUACUAUUGUCAAGAUUUUGAAAAAUGAGGGCUUUAGAGGAUUAUACUCAGGUUUAAAUUCGGCCAUAUUCGGAAUUGCGUUGACAAAUGGCGUUUACUAUUAUUUUUAUGAGUCUAUAAAGGCCGUUUUUGAAAAAAUUGAACGUCCAAUAUCAGUCAUAGAAUCCAUGAUCGCUGGAGCAAUAGCUGGUUCAGCUACAGUUUUAGUUACAAACCCAAUUUGGGUGGUAAAUACUCGAAUGACAACACGUAAAGAACCUUUGGAUGAGAAUGAGAAGCAAAAACAUAAAAAAUUAGGAACCAUCAAAACGAUCUCGAAAAUCAUUAAUGAAGAUGGAAUUAAAAGUUUAUGGCAAGGAGUUGUCCCAGCUCUUAUUCUAGUUAUUAAUCCAAUUAUUCAAUAUACCGUAUAUGAACAAAUUAAGGCUCGUAUAGAAAAAUUUAAAGAAUUAGGGAAUUUGGAUUUUUUUUUAUUAGGAGCCAUUAGUAAACUUGUUGCUACCGGUUCUACUUAUCCUUACAUUGUUAUUAAAUCACGUAUGCAGUUACGUCAAACUGAUGAUGCACGUUAUAAAAAUACAUGGGAUGGACUUCAGAAAAUCAUCGCAAAUGAAGGUUACAGUGGCCUUUAUAAGGGAAUUGCAUCAAAAUUACUUCAAUCAGUUUUGACUGCCGCAUUUUUAUUCAUGUAUAAGGAAGCUUUAUUCAAGUUAUCCGUUAAAAUUUUAUCAUUAAUGAAAAUCAAAAAUGUUGAAGCUUUAUUCAAGUUAUCCGUUAAAAAAUUAUCAUUAAUGAAAAUCAAAAAUGUUCAAUGAUAAAUUAUGAAAUUAAUUUUUGGCCAAAAUUAAGAAAAAAAAAAAAAAAAAGACAAUUUUCGUUUUUUCCUCGUGAUUAUAAUUAAUAAUUUAUUUAAUAAUCAGAUAAUUUACAUUGUAGAUGAGAUAUAGUUUAUCCGUUUAUGUAUUGAUUAGUAUUAAUUAAGAAUAAAUUAAAACUAUAAUGAAAUUCGCGAAACUGUUGGGGAACACUUAAUGUUUAUGGAAAAGAUUUUACUUUACAUUCCCUAAUUUAUAAAUUCCAUUGUUCUGCUAAUAAUCUUU